AUGACUCAACUCAACUUCGUCACCCUCGAUGUCUUCACAUCAACACCAUAUUCAGGCAACCCGCUGGCCGUAGUCUUCCUCCCAGAAGAUGAGUCCAAGGCUCUAACCCAAAGCCAAAAGCAAACCAUCGCCCGUGAAUUCAACCUGUCGGAGAGUAUCUUCGUGCACCCAGUCCGCGAGAACUCCAAGCGAACCAUCGACAUUUUCACCACAGACUGUGAAAUCCCCUUCGCAGGCCAUCCAACCAUCGGCGCAGCCUCAUGGUUCCUGUCCCACUCGACAGACCCCGCCGACGGCAGCGGGGUCACCACCCUCGCAACAAAAUCGGGUGACAUCCCCAUUUCCGUGCAAGACAGCGCGACGAAGUAUGUGGCUGCGCAGAUUGCGCACAACACACGCAUUCAUGCUGCGCGAUUCAGCGCUUCAGAGCUAUUGCGCUUGCACCCGACCCUGGCACCGUUCAUACCGAAAGAGGCGACAUUCCCGCUGUUUUCUAUUGUCAAUGGUAUGAGUCAGUUGUUCAUUGAGUUGGCCUCGCUUGAGGCGCUGGCUGCUGUUACGCCUGCGACUGGUGGUGAGCUGAUCUCUGCUGCUGAUACUGAGUAUCUUGAUGAGGGGUGGAAGGCGGGGUUGGUCUGUGUUUAUUUCUUUGUGCGGGAUGUUUAUGAUGAUGCUUUGAAGCAGAAGGUUUUCCGCUCAAGGAUGAUGCUUGGGAAUUUGGAGGACCCUGCUACUGGUAGCUCGGCCAGUGGGCUUGCGGCUUAUUUGGCGCUUACGGAGGGCGUGGCUAGUCAGCAGCAUCAGUAUCAUUUUGUGCAGGGUGUUGAGAUGGGACGCCGGAGUGAUAUCGGUGUCGAGGUUACGCUGGAUGGGGAGAAGAAGAUUGAACAGGUUGUGCUUAGGGGCACUGCCGUUAGUGUGUCGGAGGGCAAGGUGCUGGUUCCUCGGGCUUAG